AUGGAAAGCUGUACGUUUUCUAAUCUCUUAAGAGACGGCACCUCGUGCAAAGGAGUAAAGGUACUGCUGAAAGAAUGCAACAAAGACACCACAAGACAUUUGCAGACGUAUGGCGUCGGAAAAAGUAGCAAUGUCUGUAAUGAGAUGGAUCUGAUAUUAUGUCGCGCAGGUAAACAAAUCUUACGUGGGAAGAUGUUUUAAUUUUUCGUUGCACAGAAAGAGAACAAUUACGUUAUAUUGAUUUAUCAAUAAUCAAAUAGUGUUGAUAUCCGAGUUUAUUGCAGCAUUUCGACAAAGUAAUUCUUCAUAUUCAUUGAUCCUGCCGGCUUACUUGCAUUUAAGAUUAGUUAAGUUAACGAUGAUAACUUACUUGCAGAUUGGGUGUAGGUUUUGUUAUGUUUGCUUUUAAAUUUAUUAUAAUGUUCUGAACGAUCUUAUUAAGAAAGGUCUGGCAAGUUUUAUGAUACAUGCAUAUCCUUUGCAUGAAUUGAAACCUAUUGUUUUGAAUUACGCUCUUAAACUGUAGGUUUGUUUGAUGUGGGCUUCGAGGAAGCGUCCGCGUAUGCUGUUUGUAAGUAUCACCGCGACUCUCUUGGGAUAUUUUGGAGAGGAAGAAGGAAAAAUUGCCAAGUACCGACCAGCCUGGCCCAACAUAGGAAUGCAGUUAGAGGUGAUCGAGGAUUGCGGAAGGAUCAAUCGAAGCACAUCAUGGAGGAAACAGGACAAAUCAUCCCAGUAGGAUCUGGUUAGAUCGAUAUAUGUAUUUAUAGCAUAUUUUGAUUCAAUAACAUAUAGAGAAAAAACCUAUUGUUCUCUUCCCUUCCUUGUUCUUUGUGAGAUUUUGCUUAAUUUAAUGUUUUUAUUAAUGCGUAUUCUUGUUCCAUUCUUUCCGUUUAAAUUAUUCUUCCUUCUUUCCAAAGAUUAAAGCAAUUGUUUUCUUACCGUCUUAGCUGUGUGUAGAGAGUGCAGGAAGUUUUUUGGAGAACAAGAGAGAAAGGUUGAUACACAGGUAGCAUGUGCCAACAAGAUACCUAAAUAACAUUUUUCAUAGAGAGUAUCUACAAUAGUAAAUACUUUUUAAUUUAUUGCUUCCCUUUCUUGUAGAAUCCUGCUGAUCGUCAGAGUAAAUUAAUAGGAAAACAGAGACUUACCGCAGCUGCCAUGCUUUCAACAACACCGAGAAAGCCUGAUCUCUCUUGGGUGGACGUGGAACACAGUCCAGUUAAUGACAGCGACGAAGAGGUUGCGAUUCAAAACCAAAAGACUGAGAAAAUUGAAACUAUAAACAAGUUGCUCUCUUUGGAUGGCCACCCGCCGAUAAAACGCACUCUUAAUGCCAGGUGGACAGAUGCCACACCCAAAACAACGAAGUACUAUGUAUCUAAAAUGGAAGAAAUUGUUAGCACUGCCCUUGAGAUAGUUGCACCUAAUGACGCAGGCUUGCUCUGGCGAGCCCUAAAAGACUCACCAGGGAUUAACCUACGCUAUAACGAGACCACUGCAGAUUCAUCGCUGUUAUAUGCCAUGGUAGAAAGUUACAAUCAGGCAACGCACUCAAGUACACGGAAAAAUAUAUUAAGCAUAAUAGCAGACAAGCUCUCAUUCCGCGAUCUAGAGAAGCUGAUACCAGGGAUUUCUCGGCAUCAUUUUACAGCAGCUCGUCGACAUGCUGCCCAAUUUGGAGCAAGCUCCCUUUCAAUACAAAUUGGAUCACAAUCUACUAUACUGAGACAACGUAUAGAUCCAAACCAGGUUGAGCACUUUAUCGAGUUUAUAACUAGCCAAAAUAUCAUUCAAGAUUUGCCGUUUGGAAGACGAAAAUUGCGUCUCUCUUCAGGGGAGGAAAUAGACAUUCCUAAUGUCAUCAGAUUAUUAAUUCCAUCGCGACUAAUUGAUCAGUACCUUAGAUUUUGCCUAGAAACUAACUUCAAUCCACUUGGAAAGAGAACUUUGUUCAAGAUUAUCUCGGAGAGUUGUGGAGCGUCUGUACGAAAAUGCUUGCGUGGUUUGGAUAACUUUUUAGCUGAGGGAACCAAGGCCUUCGAUGAACUAAAAUCCAUUGUGGACAAGAUCCCCCGUGACCAACUAACCGAUAAACAAGCGACGGAGCUGAAAGAAGCACUAGUGGACUCCAAACAGUACUUAAAGGGAGAUUAUAAUGUAAGGACAAUCAUUUCAUGUAACAAUCACUCAGGAUAUAAAAUAAUGUUUUUUACUUUGCAGGUACACGUUUCAUUUGACUCCACAGUUGCGGAUCAUUGUAUACCGUUUGCAAUGAGUGACGAAAAAGACAAGAAGUACAAAGCAAAGUGCGACCACGAACAUAACCAAACAUGUGACAGAUGCUCAAAGCUACAUAAGGUGCGUAAACGUUGAUAGAAAGAAAUCUAAUUGAAGAAUAUUCUUGUGAUAAAAAUGUUUGUCAUCUUGUGUUGACAUGCACGCACUUUAAGCAAACUAAGUGAUAUGGGCACAUCGUCUUUUUAUUUUGUUAGGUUGUUGAAGACGUUAGUACUCAUGUAUUGCGUGCCAAAUUUAACAAUAAUGAUGAUAAAGAUGAAGCACUUUUCCUGGUACAGAAUGCGCAGAAAGCUAUAUUGUCAUGGAAGGCUCACCAACUUAGAACAAUUAAUCAGGAUCGCGCCAGGCUUGACGUACUUGCAUUGAUAGAUUCAGAAGAUGUUCUGAUUGUUCAAGACUUUGCGAUGAAAUUUAUGCCCAGUCAGUACCGUGAGGCGCAAAGUGAUUUUUUUGGAAAGCAUGGGAUAUCAUGGCAUUUAUUCGUUUGUUACAGGAAGGUCAAUGGUAAGCUGGAAUCACAAACGUUUAUACAUGUUCUUGAAACUGGUAUCCAAGAGUCCCUAACAGUUAUACUCAUUAUGGAACAUGUACUUAGAACUUUGAAAAAAACAACAUCCCAAGAUCUCCCGUGCAUUUUUCAGGCAAGAUAAUGCAGGCUGUUAUCAUUCUGCACUAGUUAUCUUGUCGAUGGGCGUAGUGUCACAGCAAAGUGGAAUACAAGUCGCACAGGUAGAUUUUAGUGAUCCACAGGGGGGAAAGGGUGCCUGUGAUAGAAAGGCAGCCCAGAUAAAAGCACGUGUAAAGAGCUAUGUCAACGAAGGUCACUCAGUUACAAAUGCAAAAGAAUUGAAAAAUGCAAUAGAAUAAAGAGGAGGGAUCAGUGGUGUUAGGGUUGCAGUGGUAAAGGUGAAUAGCAACAAUCUCAAAGAUUCCGAAAAGUACAAGCUGGAAGGCAUCAGUAGCCUAAACAACUUCACGUUCAUCAACAGCGGGUUUACGGCGUUUCGUGCUUAUAACAUGGGGGCUGGAAGAUUCUUCUCCUGGAGCUCGUUUAAUUCAGGUAACAAUCCUUGGAAAAAAAGUUUCAAGUGAAAAAUAAUAAUCUGUCAUUCAGUGUACAUACUGUGCAUUGGUAAUAACUUCCUGUUUUUGAAUUUUAUUACAGUGCCAAAGACUGGUGAUUACGUAUGGUUUUUUGAAGAAACUGGUGUUGGCGAUUUUGUAGAGGUCUUCCAAAGAGUACGAAAGGUGAAGUAGGCUGCGGUACUUAAUGAAGAAUUACCAUGACUGAAUAUUUGGAUAAGAACAGUAAAUUUGGCUAUUAUAUUUACAAUAGUAUGAAAACAAGUGCAUUCCACCAGAUUUUGCAUUUACUUCCCUGAAUCUAGCGAUAAAACAUUAAUAGUUUUUAAUAUCGUUUGAUAUCAUUUUAUAUUUACGACGGCAAUUAGAAAAUUGUUUUUUGCAUCGCACAUGCAUGUUUGUAAAUUUUAUGUUGAUAGUUGUUGAACAUGACAUUGAAAACUGAGUACUUACUUUGUUUAUGUAGCCUGCCGUCACAGAUGAAAGCGAAGAAAAGUCGGAUGAUGAGAUCAGUAGUAACUCAAGCUCGUCAAAUUGUGACAGCACUGCUCAUCUGAGCUGCAACGACCCUGUCGAUAGUAAAUCUUCAAGAAUGUUCGCAUGUUCUGAACAAAGUUGCACUAAGACCUUUGUCAGAUAUUCAGCUUUGGUAAAACACUGCGAUCUUGGAGCUCAUACAAGAGCCCUCGAAAGAAUAACUAUUUACGACAGAGCAAAACUGAGCUACGCUCAGCAUCUCCAGGAAGGGCAAGUGAGAGAGCGGCCAAGCAUAGCCGUCUCCAGUUCAACUACAGUAAAUCGUGAGUCGCAUGUGUUACCUAUGGGCUGGGCGCUCAAACAAAGCUCGAAUAAAGCGCGAUUUAGCAAAAAACAAAAAGAAUUUCUUGAUGAAAAAUUUAACAUUGGUGAAAGAACAGGAAAAAAGAGUAAUGGUGAGGACGUUGCCACAACAGAUGAGACGAGUAUGCAGACCAGAUGGUAG